AUGCACCUCCUUUUACAUGCGGCUGGAAUCCCCGAAUCUACGUCGGAGACGGUGACUGGAAAGCGUAAAAUUCCUCACGUCUCUCGGGUCAUCGGAGUUUCUAGUGCCAAGGGUGGUGUGGGAAAGAGUACUGUCGCUGCAAAUCUUGCCUUAACCUUUCAAAAUGCCUUAAUCGGCCUGCUGGACCUUGAUAUCUUCGGCCCCUCUGUUCCAAAGUUACUUGGACUAGAAGGUGCUGCCAAAAAGCUGCUCCCCUUUCGAUCUCAAGGAAUCUACGCGACGUCCAUGGGGUUCCUUGUGACUCCAGCAUCAACCGAUGAAUCAGAUGUAGCUAUAGUAUGGAGAGGUGCUAUGGUACAAAAAGCAGUCCAGCAAUUGCUGUUUGACGUGGAUUGGCGAGCAGAGGAGGCCAAACCGUUGGAUCUCCUCGUUAUUGACAUGCCACCGGGGACUGGAGAUGUUCAACUAACACUGGGCGAAUUAGUGAGCGUAGACGGAGCGGUGAUUGUCACCACCCCGCAACAGCUCUCCCUGGCCGAUACUCGCAAGGGGAUUGCAAUGUUUCGCAAAGUUCAUAUCCCAAUUCUAGGCAUCCUCCUCAACUAUGCCUACUUCACCUGUCCCAACUGCAGCGACAAGCACUACCUCUUCGGGUCGUCAAAAGGAUUUUACGAAACGGCUGCUCGAUUGAAUGUCCCUGUUCUCGGGGAAUUGCCUCUAGCAUCCGGACUGAGUGAGAGUGCGGACGCAGGACGGCCCGUUUGCGGAUCGGAUUCGAAUGGGCAAGAGGAUCGCACAGGAGGCGAGCAAGCCGUCCGAAGAGUAAUGGCAAAUGCGGGGGCCGAGAUCUGGGAGCGUCUCUCACGCCCUUCUCCCUAAAAGUAUCUCUUGCUUCAUGAAAUCAAGAUACACAGAGGUGAUUAUUGCAGGCGUACCCUUAUACAACAAUGUUGGACAGUACAUUUUCGUGGUACUACAGCGGUCUGGACAGUCCAUCCCCAACGUCUACCGCAUCUUCAAUCUACAAACAGCCACAGCAGCUAGGCUCAGGAGUUACUCCAGACCGAAGCCCUCGAAGUCGAGGAAGCCCUCUCCCGCAUCUGCGUCCAUUUUCCGCAGCACUUGCACUUCAACGAUCCAACGGGUUUGCUCGUGUUCGUCUGAGUCCGUAUCGUCGUCUGCGUUGUCGUUCUCGGUUGGUCCGUUCCACUCCUGGUCAUAAGGUGGGUUGAUGGCUUUUUGGUCUGUCAGUUCGCACUUCUUCGAAUCCUCGCCUCCAAUCCGAGAUGUGAGUGACAUGCCAAUGGGGGCAAGCGGCAUAGCGGGUGCCGCCAACCCAGAAUCGACAGCUCCUUCCGCCUUGACUCCCUUCAUCCGAGCAACAGUAAACCCGACACCACCACCCACACUCGUCUGAGGCCCGAAAGGUGGUACUAACAACCCCUUCCCCCUCUCCCUCACCGCAUCUCUCUUCAUCCUUUUCGCCAUGGCCUUAAGCAGCGGGUCACCUCUAGGUUGUGAUAUCUGUCUCGCUUUCGUCCUCGCUGGCAGGGAUUCAACAGUCUGGUUCGAUGUGAUUGUGAGAGCUGCAGAUGAUGGUUGAGCGUUAGAUACGGCAGAGGCAGUGGAAGCGGUGUCUGAGCCGGAGCUGGCGGAGUCUUCAUCCGGGAGGGUGGCACUGUCUGAAAGGGGCGAGCGCUGCCCCACUGCGCCUGUACCAGGAAUAGGAACAGACGCAGGACGGGGCCCAGGAUGACUUCCGGCAAGAGUCUCUCGCUUUUUCAGCUUUAUCGCCAGCUUCCUGUCUCUCUUGUUUCCGGGUCCGAUUGCUGCUUUCUCGCUAAGGAGUGAAAUAUUGCUGCCGGUCGUGCCAGACUCCCAUUCGCGCCCCAGAGGAUGAUUAUACUUUCCCUGCCUCUUCAUUUGCAACUUCAUAUUGUCCGUCCCAGCUGCCGCAGAGGGUGAAGGACUCUGCACGGCCCGUACCCUUCCUGCGCCCUCAAUCCUGCCCAUAAGCACGGGGACCUCGAUUGCUCUCGAAAUCAAGACCGUGGCACCGAGUUCGUCGGCCAUGCGCUCCAACGUCUCGAGAGAUUCUUCCAAUUCGGUCUGUGUAAGCCCUACGAGCUGGCCAGAGUCCGCUACACCGAUCUCAUAGAUAGCUUGUCCGCCGCCUUCCAGGAGGCGCCAUUUGAGCUGUGUGACGAGUCGGGCGAAACGAUCAGGCGUCGGGGCGAUGAGCUUAAGCUUGUACUCGAUAUUCCCUUCCUCGACUUCCGGUACCAAGCGUGGCAUGACGAUUCCCUCAGCCCCCACAACUCCAGAGCUUCUUCUCCUCCCUACGCCUAUCCCGUCGUCGUCGUCACCAGCAGGCGCAAGGCUCAAGGAGCUGAACGAGCUGCUCAGGCUUUGGCUCAGCUUGUCACUGAAGGCGCCGAGUGCGGCAUUGAGGUCUAAUGGGUCGAUCUGAGGGGAUGUGGAAGCAGGGCGGAGGUGUGGAGAGGGAGAGUUGGAGGAAAGGGAAGGAGAGAGUGCGAGCCACGGUGAC